AUGGAGUACGUGAACGGCGGCGAGCUGUUCAGCUACUUGCGGAAGCAGAUCUCGGUGUCCGUGGAGCAGGCGCGGCUGUACUGCGCGGAGAUAACGCUGGCCUUCGAGUACCUGCACGAGCGCAGCAUCGUGUACCGGGACUUGAAGCCGGAGAACCUGCUGCUGGACGCGCAGGGGCACAUAAAGAUAACGGACUUCGGCUUCGCGAAGGUGGUCACGGGCCGCACCUGGACGCUCUGCGGCACCCACGAGUACCUCGCGCCCGAGUCCAUCACCCGCAGGGGCCACGGGCUGCAGGUGGACUGGUGGGCGCUGGGCAUUCUGCUCUUCGAGAUGCUGGCGGGGCGGCCGCCCUUCGUGGACGACACGCCGCUGGGGAUCUACAAGAAGAUCAUCGCGGGCAAGAUCGAGUUUCCGCCGCUCUUCGACUCCGCGGCCAAGUCCCUCGUCCGCCGCCUCCUCAUCCACGAGCCCAACAAGCGCUACGGCUGCCUCAAGGACGGGGCCCUCGACGUCAAGAACCACAAGUUCUUCCGCGGGCUGGACUGGGGCCUUUGCCUGCGCCGCAAGCUGCGCCCGCCCUACAAGCCCAACACGCGGGGGCCCCGCGACAGCAGCAUGUUCGACACUUACGCGGAGUCCACCGAGAGUUCCGCGCCGCCCAUAGACCCCGCCACGCAGCAGGCCCUCUUCCACAACUUUUAG